AUGUUUUACCGCAUCUCUACCCUUUGCUCUUUGGCAAUUGGCGUGCAGACCGUUUUUGGUACGCCAAUUCGGUCGCGCUCGGCUUACAGUGUAAAGGAGGUUCAUCAGGUUCCCCAGAAAUGGAAGAACCUUGGGAGAGCUCCCGAGGAUCAUAAGCUUCAUAUGCAGCUUGGUUUGAAGCAGGGGAAUUUUGAGGAGCUGGAUAGACAUCUUUAUGAAGUCUCCGACCCUGAUCAUGAGCGUUACGGACAACAUUUGAGCUUCGAGCACAUCAAUGAGCUUGUUGCACCAAAAGAGGAGACCCUCGACCUCGUACACGAGUGGUUGCUUACCAAUGGAGUCAAGGAAUUCAGUUACAGCGAGGCAAAAGAUUGGAUCAACAUCUACAUUGAUGUCUCAUCUGCUGAAAGUUUGUUGGAUACCAAGUAUUCCGUUUUCCAGCACGAAGAUGGAUCGACUCUCGUUCGUACCUCGGAAUGGUCCCUCCCAGAGCACCUUCACGAGCACAUCGACACCAUUCAACCAACAACAAGUUUCAUGCGAACCAAGACACAAAGCGUAGACUAUGUUCAAUUCAAGGACCACCCAACUCCACCAGGAUACAAACCACCAACCAAUGAGACCAUUGCCAAGGUCUGCAAGUUCUUUCCAGUCACCAUUGAGUGUUUCCGUACUCUUUACGGCACAAUCAACUACGUUCAAAAGGUUCCAGGACUUAACAAGAUUGGAUUCAACAACUACUUGAACCAGACACCUAUCCGACCUGAUGUCGCCAAGUUCCUUUCCGAAUGGAGACCAGAAGCUGAACACACUGCAUACACUUUCAAAUCAGUUUCAAUUGAUGGAGGACUUCCAGCUCAGGACACUCCAUUGACCCCAGCUCAAGUUAAAGCUGGAGAUCACUGGGGAGAAGCCAACUUGGAUGCUCAAACCAUUCUCGGAAUGACCUAUCCACAACCAGUUACCUCUUACUCUACUGGAGGCAGCCCACCUUUCACUCCAGACAUCAACACCCCAACUGAUACCAACGAACCAUACUUGACCUGGGUCAACUUUGUCAUGGGCCAAAAGGAUGUUCCCCAAGUCAUCAGCAGCUCGUACGGUGAUGACGAGCAAACCGUUCCAAAAGCAUAUGCCCAACGUGUCUGCCAACAAUUCGCUCAACUUGGCGCUCGGGGAAUCUCCCUCUUGGUUUCCUCCGGUGACGGUGGUGUAGGAGGAUCAGACCCAGCAGCCUGUGUCUCCAACGACGGAAAGAACACAACCACUUUCCUCCCCGCAUUCCCAGCUUCUUGUCCAUACGUCACAACCGUUGGUGCUACUCAACAGUUCGAACCAGAAGUCUCUGCAUACCGUCAACCAGGUAUCGGACCAGAUGGAAGACAACACGGUUUCUACGCUUCUGGCAGUGGAUUCAGUUAUUACUUCCCUCGUCCAAGUUACCAAGAUGCCGUCGUCCCAGCCUACGUCAAGAACUUGAAGGGUGCUUGGGAUGGUCUCUACAACAAGAACGGACGCGGCUACCCCGAUCUCUCAGCCCAAGGUCUCUACUUCGCCUACGUCGGCAACCUCACCGACGGUUCCAUCUCCGGCACCUCAGCCUCCUGCCCACUCAUGUCCAGCAUCAUCUCCCUCGCCAACGACGCACUCAUCUCUCACCGCAAAGCCCCAUUGGGCUUCCUCAACCCGUGGCUCUACAAGGUCGGAUACAAGGGCUUCACUGACAUCCUGAGCGGUGACGCGCAAGGGUGCGGCGUCAGCGCGUUCCCCGUCACGAAGGGCUGGGAUCCGAUUACCGGGUUUGGCACACCGGUGUUCCCGGAGAUUUUGGAGAUUCUGGAGUGUAGAUAG